AGAAAAAGGCCAUCAGCAGACCCAUUAAAAAAUUGAAAGAGGUCCGAAUAAUGGAGUAGAACUUACCCGCAUAUUAACAAUCAGGAGCCAUCUCAGUGGCUAGCUAGUAAUUCAGAUGGUCAGUGGGAGAGAAAUCAAGUGAUUAAGAAACCCCUAUGGUUUAUAUAUCUGAAAUUAAAAGCCUCUAGUUCCAAAGAUAUUCUCCGACACUCUGUUCGUUAUAAAGAUAUCGAAUUUACCCGUAGUCUGACAUCCAUCACCUGCCGGCAACAAUUCAUACACUCUCCAAUACUUUUGAGUUUCUAUGUUUAUAAGCAAAAUUAGGAAAACCCGUGUGAAUUUUCUCCAAUUCGGUAGAUUCUGUACUUCUUUAGGCAAACCUGAUGUGCCUUGUGUCAAUCGAUAUAACUCCUCAAAACUGUUGAGCUCUUAUUUUAAAUGUGGAAGGGUUAAAGAUGCAGAGGACAUAUUCGAUGAAAUCCCUGAGAAGAGUGUAGUUUCAUGGUCCAUUGCGAUUCAUGGGUAUGCAGUAAAUGGGUUGUACCAUAAAUCCAUGAAAUCAUUUUCCCAAAUGAUGCUUUUGGGUUUUCUGCCCAAUUCUUUCACUAUGGUUGGUGCUCUUGUUAGCACUGCAGGCUUGCUAAAGUUGGAACUUGCGAAAUCUAUUCAUGGGCUAGUAGUAAAAUAUGGACUUGAAACUGAUUUAAUAGUUGGUACUGCAAUGUUUGAUGCAUAUGCAAAAUGUGGAGAUAUAUUUUAUUCUUAUAAAGUAUUUGAAGGACUGAAGAACCCAAGUUUGGUUUCUUGCAAUGCAAUCAUUGCUGGGUUUAUAUACAAUGAACUUUUUGAAGAGGCCAUUUUGUUGUUUAACAGAUUCUGGAGGUUCCAUUUGGUGCCUAAUGCUGUGACAAUAUUGACAAUUAUUCGAGGAUGUGGUGCUUUAGGAUCAAGAAAACUUUGUGAAUCCAUCCAUGGUCUAGUAGUUAAGUUGGGACUUAUUUUUGAUAUAUCUGUUAAUAACUCAUUACUUGACAUGUAUUCACGUUUGAUGGAUUUAGAUGCUGCUACAAAAAUUUUCAGAGGGAUGGAAAGUAAAGAUAUUAUCAGUUGGACGUCGAUGAUAGGCUUUUUGGUAGACCUUGAAUAUCCUUGUGAUGCUCUGAAAAUUUUUUGUGAAAUGAGGGAGAGUAGGAUCAUGUGUGAUGUGGUAGUUAUUAUGAAUUUGAUUUCAGCUAGUGCAGUUUUGGGAGAUUUGAAGAGAGGAAGACAAAUCCAUGCACAGGCUGUUGUCUGUGGUUUUGAAUCGGAGCUUCGUCUUACAAACUCUAUCGUCGACAUGUAUUCAAAGUGCGGAGAUUUAGAUUCUUCAAGAGCCAUGUUUAAUCAUGCAAACGAGAAGAGUUUGGUUUCCUGGACAGCAAUGGUUUCAGGAUAUGUCCAGAAUGGAUGUGCAGUAGAGGCUUUGAAUCUCCUGAUUAAGAUGAGACAAGAAAAGAACUAUUCCAUUGAUUCAAUAAUGUUAGUCACUGCUCUCAUAGCCUCCAGUGAGCUUGCUGCUUUAGAGCUCUGCCAGCAGCUCCAUUGUUAUGCUUUUGAAGCUGGCUUUUUGCGAGACAGUGCAGUUCAAAAUAGUCUCAUAUCAACAUACUCAAAGUGUGGAAAUGUGGACCUUGCCCAUAUUGUUUUCAAGGAUAUGGGUUUUCUUCAAGAUGUAGUCUCCUGGAAUGCCAUUAUAAGUGGGUAUGGGAUCAAUGGCAAGGGAGAUACUGCUCUCACUCUCUACCAUGAGAUGAAGAAGAGCGGGAAAGAUCCUAACAGUGCAACCUACUUGUGUGUUUUGAGUGCCUGUAGUCAUGCAGGCCUAAUAAGUGAUGGCUUGGUUAUUUUUAAUCAAAUGGCGGAAGAAAAUAAAGUAAAGCCCAGCCAAGAACAUUAUGGGUGUGUAGUUGACUUGCUUGCUCGAGCAGGCCGCUUGUCAGACGCAAGUGGGCUUGCUGGAAAACUUUUGGAGGGGAUAGGUCCAAAUAUUUGGAGGGCUUUGCUUAGUGGAUGUGUGAUUCAUGGUAAUAUCGAGCUGGCAGAAUUUGCUGCAGGUAAAGUGUUUGAGCUGGACCCAGGGGAUUCUGGUCCAGUUGUACUCCUUUCAAAAGUUUAUGCUUCCGUUGGAAGGUUUCAGGAUGCAGUAGCAUUGAGAUCGAGUAUACAGAAGAAAGGAUUAAUUAAGAAUCCAGGGAUUACUUUUCUCAAUAAUAAUUCUUGUCACUUUGGUUAAUUAUUCUUCCAUGCUAAAUGUAGAGAAGAAUUAAUUGGAUCUUAUAGCAUCCACCCAACUGUUGAAUGUUUUUCUUAGUUGUGAUCAUCACCAUCUAGCAGUUUUCUUCAUGAAAUUUUGUAAAUUUUGACUAGUUCUGAUUUUUCUAAGUGAAGAAUAGGAAAGAAAACAGUCUGGAUAAAUAGCAGGGAUGCUAUUUGUUGUCUCAUCAACGUGUAUCUUCAGACUAAAAGAGUUGGAAAGGCUGCUCCCUUAAGCGGCAGUCAACUUGAUGAACGAAGUGAAGGUGAAUUGAUUACAGCAACUACCCUGCAUUGUAUACGGUCAGAGAGAUAUUGGGCUCACAUAUAUGACAAUUCCGUAGUCAAAGAACAGGAGUUCUGCCGCAGGUUAUGAAGUCCAAAACACAGGUCAACAGGACUCCAUUGGAUUCCUUCAUCUGCAUUUAUUUGGUGUACGAAGAAAGUGUCAGAAUGAUGGUUCAGUUGACCAAAUUUGUUGGAUGAAUUUGAGGAUUGAAUGACAGAGCAAAAAGCAUCCAAGAAUUACUUUGCUUGCUUGUUAUUACAUUUGAUUCUUCUGAUGACAAAACAUUUUAUCCCUAUUGGUCCAGUGUAGCACAGGAUAUGCUGCUAUAAAUGCACAGGAAUUGACAACAGCAGGCAAGCCAAAACACUGAGAUAAGGAUGACAGUGAAGUGACCUACGGGUACUAACAAAUUGAGUAUUGCAGAAACACAAUAGAGGUCCCAGAGCCAAAAGAGCAGAAGCAAACGGAUAAGAAGAAUCUUUUUUUACAAUUAUUUUUUUCCAUCACCUCAAUUAUUUGUGGUUACCUUUCAUGGGUCUACAAUUGCUAUCUACAGUAAUAAAAAUACUUACAGUGUUCUAUGACUUUAUUGCGCUUCUCUCUCAGUAGUUUUUUUUUUUUUUUCAAUUAAUUAAAGUGUGUGUGUACAUAUAUAUAUAUAAAAGAAACAAGGGUCCAACAAAAACGACCCAAGAAACCACCUAAAGUCACCCUGCAGCACAGAAGGGUAGCAAACAAACAAAUCCGGCCAGUCCUGCAACACAAAUCAAACGACCACCAAACUCUCCUGUUGAAGAUCAAGAGAAGGGCAUAAAAGCCAAUGGGAAUAUCUGUUUCUCUUUCAAUGUACUGUUAAUUAUGCCUCUUGUUUAUCUCCUUGAUAUUUCUAAAAUGGGUAUCAGAAAGAUACUCCUAUAUCUAAUUACGAAUUAACAACUUUGUGAAUCA